AUGGCUGCGGUUGGAACUGAGCAACCUCUUACCUUGAAGCUUAUGGUAAUCAAAGGGAAAAAAAAAGUUGUCAUUGCAGAGGCAGGGAAGGAGUUUGUGGAUAUUCUGUUUAGCUUCUUAACAUUACCUUUAGGAACCAUUGCAAGACUUGUGCGUGAGGAGUCAUUGGUGCAGCCACCUGAAGUUGCAUUACUGAGCACGCUCUAUCAAAGCGUACAGAAUCUUGACGAUGGGUAUCUUUGUACUGAUACGUGUAGAGAAAUGCUGCUGCGUCCCAGAAACUCAAUGGAAGCUUAUUGCAGGAGUUUGAAGAUAAACAUUGACGACACAGAACCAACGGAGUAUUUUGUAUGUAAAAACCUUGUCAAUUGUCCAGAAAAGAGCCCAGUCUUUAUAAGCAGCUUCAAAAAUAAAAAAUGCCGAUGUGGCGCCUUGCUGGGAAAACCUAUUUCUGCUGAAACCUCUUGUGUCUUUGAUGGUUUUAUCAAGAGUAAUGUCCGUUUCAUGAUCACGGACGAUCUGAAAGUUAUCCCAAACUCAUUGGAUGAAAUGGUUAAUGUGCUAAAGGGCAGUGGAAUAAAAACCAUGUCCUCUGUGAACGUAAUGUCGGUACAUAUAACAAAGAAUCAGGUAGUGGAUCUGUUGAAAUGUUGUUUGUGCUCAAAAACAGUUUUGACAGAUUUGUUCUUAGAAAAACUUCCCAAUGAGAGAUUACUCAAAAAGAAAAGAAUCGCUCCCUCCGAUUUUAAAGCAAAAGGUAGUGGUAAAAUCACAGUGAAGAUAAUGCAGAGAAAAUCUAAUGGGAAGAUAGUGUUUACCGAAGGAAAAGAAGAUUUUGCAGACUUUCUUUCUAGUUUGUUGACUAUUCCUUUAGGAGGAAUGGCACAUUUGAUGGAAGGGUGUUGUUGUGUUGGGAGUGUUGACGAAUUGUACAAGAGUGUUGUUGAUCUGAAUGAAGAUUAUUUUAUCUCAAAGGGAGUAAAGUACAACUUUGUUCAUCCUGUACUUGCCCCACAAUUCAAAUUGGGUAAUUUGCUUCCUUUAAGGUGUAACUAUGUCCCCAAUUAUUUUUGUUACAUUAAGUGCUACGAUCUUCAUGGACACAGAUAUGGUAGUAGAAGCAUUGCUUCUUGUUAUUUAACCUCCAUAAAUAAGACAGUCAACUCCUCCUUAGAAAGUUGUGUUCCUUUGAAGUUUGUGGAUCCCAUGUCUGAUACAAGUAACAAUGGUAAAGGAUAUCUUAAAGGACCGACAACGUAUAUGGUAACGGAUGAUUUGGUCGUGACGCCGUCGUCCUCCAUUUCUGUUAUGUCUUUGCUGACAAGUAUGAGUAUUUCAGUUGAUGACUUAGAGGAGAAAGUGGUUAGCAUUGGCACGGAGGAGGGUGUGCGAAUACUACAAGCGUCUUUGAGUUCUACAUCAGCCCUAACAUUGGGUCUCAGCCACUUAACCAAGGAGAAGGAGGAGAAGUGA